AUGGCGAUGAUGACAGCAGGAAGCCAAGUGGUGCGUUUGGCUCACUGGGCCCCUCAGCGCGGCCUGGCCGUUCGAAGUGGCUCAAAACUCUUCCCGCAGAAGUUUGACAAUUUUCAUGGAGGUAAGAUCAGUGUGACAGCGAAAAACUAUAAGCCCCUGUGGUUUGAAGUUGAGGAGGUUGCACCCAAUGGCAGAGUUUUGAAAAGAACUACUGGAAUGGACUACCUUCUCCUCGAUGCCGUGUCGAAGAGCUUGAAUUUUACGUACAACAAUCUCCAUGUCGACUCGUGGGCUGAGGCUUUAGACCUUACAAGCCAAAGGAUCUCCUUCGUAACACCCGUCUACCACGCUGUCCUCGUCACCCGCCUGAAGCGCUUCGACUACAGCCUGGGCUACACUUUUGCCUUCAUAUCCUUCAGUAUGAAAAAGCCUGAAAUUCAGCCUCAGUGGCAAAGCCUGUAUUACCCUCUGGCGGACCAAGUGUGGCUGGCUAUCCUGAUGAUCGUGAUUCUAGCGCCGGGGUUCUUCUUAAUCGCGACCCAGGUGGCCCGCACAGAGGCUGGUCUCUUGGAUGAUCGUGAUGUGAUGACGCUUCGAAACGGCUUCACGCUGAUGUUCGGAUCGCUCCUUGGGCAAAGCGUGGAAAUGGGGAAGACCAGUAAAAACGGCAUCCGAAUGCUUGUAGGAGGAUGGCUGAUCUUUGCUUUCAUCAUAGGAACGGCUUAUCGGGGCAACCUGACCGCAGCUCUCACUCUGCCCAAGUACCCGCCGAGACCCGAGACGAUCGAGCAACUCGUCGGCAAUGCCAAAAUGGUAACCAUUAUGCCAUGGGGGAAGGAUUUCAAGAGUUACUUUAAGGAUUCGGACUCCCCCGUGUUCGAAAAGCUGUCAGAUCUGAUGCUUGUGGGAAUUGACACCAUCGAGGGACUGCAGCAAGCGAUCGAUUCAAGACAAGCACACAUGGAAACCAUCCACAAGCUAAAACUCGACAUCGCCGAACAAUUCACUCGACUGGACGGCUCGACCCAGCUGUACAUCGGCCGAGAGAACGUGAUGCCCGGACUAGCUGCCUGGCCCCUACCGCACGACGCUCCUUACACGGCAAAUAUCAAUCGCUGUCUGCAUGCUGUUAUAGAGGCAAGUGAUUAG